UUGACGGCCAGCGUCAUGCAGGGAAUGACUGCCGCAACCGUGGUCGGAGUUGCUGCCGGCGCCUACUACCUGACGACACGGACAGUUCAGUCACCUUGGCCGAAGGUUCGUAUCUUCUUUCUAUAGCACAAACGUGAAUGUUUUUUUUAUCUUUAAACCUCAAUUAUUCAUAUAAUCAUAUUGUCCUUUGUUCUUUAAAUGUAGGAGAAGCAAUUCCUGUCUUACACGAGGAGGGUUCGUCCGAAGAAGAGAAAAAUCCAGUUAGCGCUAAACUCUCUGGACGAUUUCGUGCCCCUGGAAAACAUGGAACCGGUGAACGACGUGGUGGGGUUCUUCACAAGCCGCGGGAACGAGUUUUCUGUGUACAGCAUCGACUGGGAACAAGAGUCGGUAGUGUUGGUGAGACCAGUGGACGGAACUGAUCUUAAAGUUCACCCGUUCUUUCGUGAGGCUCAAAGAAGGAGCGCCUCUGAGGUACUCUCCAUUCCGUUUUCACAUCUCCAAGAUGUUGCAGAUGCCAUUCGUCAUAAGGUGGCGCAUGUGCAGAAUGUAUUCGUCUACAAUACAGGAAGAUGUGGUUCCACCCUCCUCACACGAGCAGCCGAUGCCACUUCAGUUGCUCAAGCAGUCAACGAACCCGAGGUAUUCUCCAUCAUUAACAUGGCAGUGCUCCGGUCCAGACGUGCCAAAGAUGUCUCUCCCAACCCCGCGGCGCGCUCGGAUGUCGUGUCAGAUCUAGACGAGGACGACAUGGUGAAGCUCUUAACGAAUGUCGUCACCCUGCUGAAUUACCACCUCAUGACGGCAGACCCUCGUCACCGGGAUGUUAUCGUGUACAAGCUGAAAUUUGAUGUUCUGCUGAUCGGAGACUUGAUGUACCGCGCCUUUCCGUCUGCAAAGAACAUAUUCCUGUAUAGGAACGGAAUGGAGUGCUUUGAAUCGUGGAUAAGAUUGUGGUUCAAAAGCAAUGUUGUAUAUUCCCUCCUGAGAGGACUGAGACGGCUCGGCUUGUGGAGGUGGGCACCGAUGGUACCCGACUACUUCCGAAGUUUCGGAGACGGACCCAAAUUCUCCGAUCAUUCUGAUGGAAGCACUGGGUCUUACGCGGUGACCGUGUGGGUUGGCACGAUGCAGCGUGCUCUGGAGUUACAGAAGAUGCACCCAGAGUACUUCUUCCACUGCCUGCUUUACUACAGCGCCUUGGCGAGAGGGAAAGAGAAGACACUGCGGUUGCUACUGAAGAGGCUCGGGCUGAAGUGGAAUCCUGGCGAAGAUGGAGAAGAAGCGGAGAAUAUGAAGAAGUCGUUCGUCAAGGACAGCCAGGCAGGGACAUACCGGGCCCUGACGUCAUCUUUCCUGGCACCAUGUUUCUCCUCUGCCGCUUAA